AUGUACCCGAAGGUUGUAAAUUCUCCUGCGCCUGUGGUAGUCGACUUUCAUGCCGACUGGUGUGGACCAUGUAGAGCCUUAGGACCACGAUUGGAGGAAAAGAUAAUGGGAAGAAAUGGCGCAGUACUUAUGGCAAAGAUUAACGUUGACUCCGCUGGUGAAUUAGCGACAGAUUACGGUGUCACGGCCGUUCCGACAGUGAUGUCGUUCAAAAAUGGUGAACGCAUAGGGAUGUUCACUGGAAUGGUAGAUGAUGAUCAAAUUGACGAGUUUCUGGACGAAGUUAUUGAUUCUUGA